GGCAAGCCACCGCCCCGCGCCUCAGAGCCCGCCGAGCCCAUGGCCCGUGAGGAGGCGGCGGCGGCGAUGGCCGGCGAGGAGGCGGUGGUGGCCAGCGAGGGGGGCGGCUUGCUGAUGGAGAUCGUGAGCUCCCCGCUCAACCUGAGCCUUCUGGGCCUCUGCCUCUUCCUGCUCUACCAGAUCCUGCGGGGCGAGCGGCCCGCGGUGCCGGCGGGCGAGGAAGACCCGCCACCGCUGCCCAAGAUGAAGCGGCGCGACUUCACGCUGGCCGAGCUGCGGCCCUACGACGGCCGGAACGACCCCCGCAUCCUCAUGGCCGUCAACGGGAAGGUCUUCGACGUGACCCGCGCCAGGAAGUUCUACGGGCCCGAGGGCCCGUAUGGGAUUUUCGCUGGGAGAGAUGCAUCCCGAGGUCUUGCCACUUUCUGCCUGGAUAAGGAGGCUCUGAGGGAUGACUACGAUGACCUCUCUGAUCUCAAUGCUACACAGCAAGAGACCUUGAGGGACUGGGAGUCACAAUUCACUUUUAAGUAUCACCAUGUUGGUAAGCUGCUGAAGGAUGGGGAAGAACCCACUGUAUACUCUGAUGAAGAAGAAAAGGAUGCCCAAGAUGCAAAGAAAGACUAGAGAGUGCAGUGAGGAAUAGUCUAUUUUUGUAUCUUAAGGGAUCGUUUGUAACAUUCCAGUUCCAUUUUACAAGUUGCAACAGCAACAAUGCUUACAAAAAAUCCAGCGUUACAGUGAAUCAGGUUUAUUGCUCUAGGCUUCCUUUUCAAAUUCAGCGAUAAACUAGUAAAGGUCUAGUAUGUCUUCCUUUAAACUUGCAUAAUAUGAAGUAUGCACAAAAAAUGUCUGUGCAAGAGUAAAUUGCAACUUUUGCAAUAAAGGACUGAUUUUACUCUGUCGCUAUUAGGGCAGAGUAGGGCUGAAAUCCAGUUUUUCAUUAAUAACCUAGCACUGUGGACACAAGCACAUGAAUAACUUCACAUAUUUAACAUAAAUUCCACUAAAAUUAAUUUAGUGUUCGCUUCUGCAGGAUCUGGGCCUUCGGUUGUAAUUCCUUUAGAAGCACAGAAUGGUUUGGGUUAGAGGAGACUUUAGACCAUCUAAUUCCAACCCCCCUGCCAUGGGCAGGGACACUUUCCACUAGACAAAGUUGUUGGCAAUUCCUGGCAACCAGGAAUUGACUGCACAUUCAGUAGUGAAUUAAAAAAUAUAUAUCCCCAGGAAAGGGUACGGUACCACCAGCUUUUGCAGUAAAAAAAAUCACGUAAGGAAGUUGCUCAGUUUAGCUGCAAUUUCAUAUUUUGUUUGCUCAUUCAUGAAGCACCAUACUCAUUUGUGGUGCAAUAUAAUUCAAUAUUACGUCUGAUAAUCUGGGUUUUAAGGAGUUACAUAGAGGCUUACAGAUGAAACACUAACUGCUUAAAAAAAAAGGCCAAGAUUUUUUGAGUUUUAAUCACUUUUAGAUACUUACAAAAUUAGUAAGGACAGAUGAAUACCUGAUGUAUUCAGUCAUGCAGCUGCAUUAAUACUCUUAGUUUACUUUUAAGGUACAUCUGAAAUGUUACUUAGACACUGAGUGUAACUAGGCAUCCUUAAAAACUAGGUUAAUAAUGAAGUGCAACUUACCUGGACUAUCAUUUGUUCAUUUCUCUUAGAAAAAAAACUGUUCUAAGAAUUUUAAUAAAAUUAAGUUAAAUGGGUAAGAGCAGCUGCUGUUGAUUCUUAGGCCUUAAAAAAGACUUGCUGGCAUGGCAUGAUUAACAAGUACUCUUGUACGUGCACCUUUAGCAGAAAAACCUUUAUGGUCGGUGUAACUUAUACACGUUUCCUGUACAAAAUAAUAAAACGUGGUGUGAGCCAUUUCUGUGUUGAGGCUUUUGUUGCUUUGGAAUGUCGCUAUUAAAAGAAAUGGCAAAAUCUCAUGCAUAACCAGCAAUGUUAUACCAGGGGGAACUGACUAUUGAAUUGCAUUUCACCUGUUUGCUCUUUUAGUUUAUGUCUAUGCUUAAUUACUAGGUUUGUCCCAACCAUGUAACUUAGUCUCCUACCAAAGGAGGCUGAAUAAACGCGCGACUGAGGAAAAAUGUAAAAUGGCCCAGUCAUCAGCCAAAAUACAUCUGUAUAACUUUACCAGAAAUUUCCAAGCAGAUAACUAAUGAUUUGUUGAUCUCUUGUAAAUGUGAUUCUUGUCCAGGUGAUUCUGCGUGGGUGCCUGUCUGGUAUAGCUCCCCAUUAUUUAGUUUCUCUGGUUCAACUCUUCUGCCGAGUUGUUUCAACUCGGCAGCACAACCAACAUGAUGAACUGAGUCCUGAAGGGGAAGGUGUGAACUAGGCAAAAUUGUUCAGAAGUAGAGCGCAUUGCACAACAGAAACUUUCAUAAAUAUGUUGACACAACAUGCUGAAGUGCCUGAGACCGACUGCAGUGAGAACUAAUGACAUUCCCUUAGUCCUAACACUUUCAUGGUUUUUCCUUUCAGUUACACUGGGCCUUCCAAUGAACAGUGCAGCUGUUUGAGCCAGAUAGCUUGCAUAAAGCGUUACUGUAUGAACUACCUAAUGAAGGUCUAGAGACAAGUCUGUCUUGUCAUGGCCUUUGUGUUUUGCAAACUACUUCUAACGGUUUACCUCAAAUCAGAAAUGUGCUUUUAUCUGUUUAAGGCAGAAAAUAAAUGUCUUGCAUAAUG